UCUGCUUGGAGGAUUGUGCCCUAUUCCUUUGCGAUGGAACGCCAAGAAGUGAUAGAUGCGCUGAGGAGAACCCGUGAUGACUUUGACCUAGAUGAUGGUGUAGAGGAUGUUCUUGAUGUUCAUCCAUGUCAGAUGAGUGGAGUAUUGGGUCGCUAUGUCUACCCCAUUACAUACAAAAGUGUUUGUCCGAGAUAUUUGGAUGGCUACUUGGUAAAGUUGGAGCGCUCUGAGUAUGUCCCUCCCACUGAAAAGGGUUUAUUUAUGGUCAGGCAUAUAUGGGAAGGGCAGGAACAAGUAAUCCAGAAGUAUGUGGUCCGGAGCGCAGAUGAAAUUGUAGAGAGGAGGACAAUAUUCACCAAUCUAGAGCCGGAGGUAUUGUCCAUGAUCAAUUGGGAGAAGUUUGAAAAUGCCAUCAAGAGUUCCAAGAUCUCAGACAAGGAAAAAGCUAUCAAAGAGAAACAGGUCUUACAGCUUUUAGAACAGAGACCGGAAGCGUUUGAUGAAAUUGUUGAGUUUGAUUAAAUUGCUUGUACUGGCACAUAGCAUUGAU